CAUCUAGUUAAACAGGUAAAACAGGUUGGGCUAGCAGUCUAGUGGCAACGGAACUCAAAAUCGGGCAAAUUCAUCGGGAUGAUCAAGUGAUCCUCAGCGGUCUUCGCCACCCCAACUCAUUCAUCCACUGUUAACCAAAAUGAAGGCAGCAAUUGCUUUAGUCUCACUGAGCGUGGUGGUCAUGGCCGGGUUGGCUUUCCAGGCCGUGCGUCAGGAGCUGCACCUGCGUACGAUGAGAACCCGAAUUGUCGAGAACUCAGCGGAUGUCAAGAGGAAAGAGGACAUCAUCGUGGAGGUGAAAACCAAAAUCCAUGAGCUGAAGACAUCGGUGGAUGUCGCCAACUCAAAAUUGGAGGAGCUAAAAGUGAAAAAGGCAGAGGUUCAAAAGUCAAAAGAAAGUAUGGAAAAAAGUCUGGAUUCCUGUAACGCUGAGAAGGUUAAUAGUGACAAGAGGAAAAUAGAAAUGGAAGACUCAAUUACUAAACUCAAAGCUGAUCACGAAGAGGCUAAAGUUAAAGCUCAAGGGGACAUUGAUAAUUUGAAAAAACAGAUUUUGGACAGAGACAAAGUUCUCUGUGCUGAUGCAGAUAUGACCAAUAAAGAAGCACGGAAGUUGUGUGGAGUGGCCGAGGAAGUAGAGAAGCCAGCUGCCAAAGAGUGAACUUUUUCAAGGAGAGGCACACGUCAACUAUAUUAUAGUUUUUGUGACAUAUCUAAUGAGGUUAUGGCUCUGGUGUUAUUAUUAUUUUUUAAUGGUAUGUAACAAUCAAGUUGAUUAUGAAGCAUGCAUUAUGAACCAUGCAUGCAUGGGACAAGUGUUACUGAUGUAGAAUGAAAAAAUGUGCUUCAUGUGUCAUAUAUUCUGCAGUUGUAUGGGUUGGUGGAGCUAAUCUGGUUUUUUUCUCUGUAAAAGCUUUGGCAAGUAUUUCUAUUUAUAGUGCUCACAGAUAAAUAAAUAUGGCUGUUAAGGGGCAUUAUUACGGAUAUAUGUAGAGAAUGUAAAACUACAUGAACAAAAGUGCCUGUGAAAAGGAAUGAGUGAAGGCAUUUUGGGUGCUUUGACCCUUGAUGAAACCUGUAAAUCCAGGACACCUAAAAGUACCACAUCAUCAGAUUAAUAUCUGAGGUCCUAUGUGUGGAAUAUUACACUGAUUAGACAUGUUUUUUUGUUGUUGUUGUUUUGUUUUUGUUUUUUUAAGCUUUAUGAAAAUAUUCUAUAAUUUAGAGGAUUUAGAGGAAAUAAAAGAACUAAUCAUAUGACUGCACAUAACCAAUAUAGUUACAUUUUUGUAAUGUGUAUGAAUCUUUGAUACUUGCAUUCGUUUGAUUCACCUAUGCUUGAAUCAAAUAACAGUUGAGUUGAAUGGUCCUUUAACUCCCCCUAGUGCAGAGUGGCAUCAAGUUUGCCAAUGUAGUCCAUAAUGCCAAAAACCUGUUACUUUCAGGUGUGCUUAGCAAUACUUUAUGUACUUCAAACUUUUACAUUCUGAGAAAAAAAAAAACAUAUACAUAUGUAUCUAUAUACACAGUAUAUGAGUAGGUCCUAUGUUAAAAGUAUUUAAAA